CAAUCACCCCUUUAUCCUAUCGGUUACAGUUAGUACCAGUACACAGAGCAGAGAGAGAGUCCCAUAUCCAUGGCGAGAGCUUUUCUAUCUCUUUCUUCAACCUCAUAUCUCACACCACCAUCGCCCUCUCUUCAGAUCCCUUCUUUCUCAUUCAAGGGAAAUGUCACGAACUUGAAACCAAACCCAUGUACUAUUCUCUCUCCUAGGCUCGACCUCAAGAACUUAGGUAAAGAGAGAAGACAUUCAAUGGUGGUCGUGAACAAAGCGGCUCAGGCUCAGCAAGCCGCGGCUGCGCCGGAGAAUGUCCGGUUCAGGCUCAACAACCUGGGCCCACAACCCGGGUCCAGGAAGAAGGGGAAGAGAAAGGGAAGGGGAAUAUCGGCCGGUCAAGGCAACAGCUGUGGAUUCGGGAUGAGGGGUCAGAAGUCCCGCUCCGGGCCCGGCGUCAGAAAAGGCUUCGAGGGUGGUCAGAUGCCUCUUUACCGUCGGAUUCCCAAAUUGCGGGGAAUCGCCGGAGGCAUGCAUGCGGGGUUACCUAAAUAUGUCCCUGUGAACUUGAAAGACAUAGAAGCUGCUGGAUUUCAAGAAGGUGAUGAGGUAUCACUUGAAACUUUAAAGAACAAAGGGUUAAUCAACCCAUCAGGAAGAGAAAGGAGACUCCCAUUGAAGAUACUCGGUGAUGGGGAGCUAAGCGUGAAGCUGAACAUCAAGGCUCGUGCCUUCUCAACAUCCGCAAAGGAGAAGCUUGAGUCUGCUGGCUGUUCCCUUACAGUACUACCUGGACGGAAGAAGUGGGUAAAGCCAUCCGUUGCUAAGAACCUCGCUCGUGCAGAAGAAUACUUCGCCAAGAAAAGAGCCGCCGCCGCCGCCGCCGAUACAACUGAAGCAGCUUAAGCUUGAACAUUCACUGUUGGCUAGUCAAAAGUAUCAACUAGUGACACAUUUGAGGAUGUUUAAGCAUUUUCCUGCUUUAUGUUGUUUUCAUUCUUUCCCGGUUUCUUGGAGCACUAACAAUUGUAUCUAUCCUUUUUAGAAUUAAAAAUUGGUAUUGUUCCAAGUAGCAUCUUCAAUUUUUCUACAACUUGGAAGUUUCUUUCUCUCUUACCAGCUUAUCAGGACUCGCGGAUCCUGCCGGUAAACUAGUUCAAACGGGCCCUAACAUUGUAAUAAAAACAAAUUCAAAUAUAGA